AUGGAAUCUCGUCGUUUCAAUCGUGAACGACUUAAUCUUGAAUCACAUCAGUUAGUCUGUUAUGACACCUACAGUCAACAUGCCACCGCGAGAAACUUCACUCUGACAGAGCUACGUCAGAUCAUUGACUACACUAAAUUCUUCGACAAUAAUAAAUCCUGUAAACGUUAUCUGGAAGAAACUCAACACAUUGUGUCUUUCCUCAUUUGCUCGGACACUACCAGUGAACAAUUGAUUCCUGAGAUUCACGAACUACCCAACGUUCGCUUCAUCUACAUAUACUCUCCGCACAACGACUAUGAUCAACAGUGGAUGAACAAGUACAUGAAGAUCAAACAAGUUUACACUGAUCGUAAAUCUCUACUUCAGGCAAUCGAGAGCGAUGUCAAGAAGUAUCUGGAAAAGGAAAAGAAUGGUCUAUUUGGUAACUUCGACAGACAGGAUAGAACCACAGAGUCCGGAUCUGCUUCAUGGUGGGUGACAUUCAUGGAUGCCCUCUGUUAUUUGCCCUAUCCAAAAGAGACGUGCCAUCAGCAUCUCAUUGCUGAACUACGAAACUACUACACCGGUAAAGCCGCUGAGUUACGCAUCAUCGAUGAGUUUGAACACGAAUAUACUCCCGAGAAAGCGAUCUGGUGGUACACACGAGACACCUUCUUUUUCCGUUUGAUCAACAAAGCAAAUCGACAACAUUACGUCGGAGUGAUGUUUGCAUUCGGCUACUACAUUAAAGAUGUAUUUCUCCAAUUAAAGAAAGAACACGAAACUUUCAAAAUCAAGAGCAUGGAUAACGCGCAAGUAAAAGUAUUUCGAGGACAGAUCAUGUCCGAAGAUGAAGUUCAAACGUUGAAAUCUGCUUAUAUGGUAAGAUUAACUAGUUUCCUAUCAACAUCACUCAAUCGACGUUUGGCGCUUAGUUUCCUUCCACCCGAAUCUGCAGUGACCGGCGGUCAUGUUCGAGUAUUAAUAGAAAUUAACCUGAACACGAAAUAUAACUCGAAGCCAUUCGGGAAUAUUUCUCAUUUGAGUGAAUUCUCUGAAGAAGAUGAGGUACUGAUGAUGAUUGGAACGUUCCUUCGUGCUCGCCGCACUUAUUACAGCGAAGAAGACAAGAUGAUCAAAGCAAUCAUGACACUGGAAAAUGAUUAUAUCUUGCCAUUCGAGGAUAAACACAUGAGUCUAAAAGCAUGUGUUAGUANUCAAAUCUAUUUCGAUUUCUAUAGGAUACAACUCGCGAACUCUACAUCUUCUUCAAAUCUAUUUCGAUUUCUAUAA